CAUCAAAACAUCCGCGCACAAAACCUUCGCCGCUGCCCACCCACCGCGCCUUGCAGCGAGAAAUAAAUCCUCACUCAAGAACUCGACCACGAACGAGCCCGUCUUUUGUUCAAACUAACAGCCUCCUACUCGUGCUGAGAUCAACCAGACUCUUCUGCUGAUAUCUGAAAUACCAGGGCAUCUACAAACCAUGCAGGUCUCCAUGAUUCGUCAGCUCGCGAAAGCAGGUCUGCGCUCCUCCUCCUCCAUCGCACGCUCUUCUCCGCGGGCGUUUGUCGCCUCCUCCUCCGCCACCGCCAGCCGGCACCAGCUUUCCUCCUCGCGCUCGUACGUGAGCGAGUCAAAGAGCCGGAAGGCCGUCGCGACCACAGAUGCGCCGCUCACUUCACAUACCUCGGCACCGCCGCCUCCGCCUGGGUUCAAAUCCGCUCUCGAUGAGUCUACUGCCGAAAUUCUGCAGAAUGCCGAACUUCUGGACAGCGAAAAGCGCCCGAUCUAUCUCGAUAUGCAGGCGACUACUCCGCUCGAUCCCCGCGUGCUCGAUGUCAUGCUGAAAUUCUACACCGGCUUAUACGGAAACCCUCAUUCCCGGACACACGCCUACGGCUGGGAAACUGACACCGCUGUCGAAGAAGCCCGCGCGCAUGUAGCCAAGCUGAUCGGGGCUGAUCCCAAGGAAAUCAUCUUCACCUCCGGCGCGACCGAGUCCAACAACAUGAGCGUCAAGGGCGUCGCGCGGUUCUACAAGAACCGAAAGAACCACAUCAUCACCUCACAGACCGAGCACAAGUGCGUUCUCGACUCGUGCCGACAUUUGCAAGACGAGGGAUUCGAAGUCACAUAUCUGCCCGUCCAAUCGAACGGUCUGGUUGACCUCGAGGAACUCGAGGCCGCGAUCCGCCCCGAGACUUCUCUUGUCUCGAUCAUGACGGUCAAUAACGAGAUUGGUGUGAUCCAGCCCAUCGAUGAGAUCGGUCAGAUUUGCCGCAAGCACAAGGUCUUCUUCCACACCGACGCCGCGCAGGCGGUCGGCAAGAUCCCGAUCGAUGUCAACAAGUCAAAUAUCGAUCUCAUGUCCAUCUCCGGCCACAAAAUCUACGGUCCAAAGGGUAUCGGCGCCUGCUACGUCCGUCGCCGUCCUCGUGUCCGUCUCGAGCCCAUCAUCACCGGUGGUGGUCAAGAGCGCGGUCUCCGCUCGGGAACUCUUGCUGCGCCGCUGAUUGCUGGAUUCGGCGAAGCCUGCCGCAUUGCAAAGGAGGAGAUGCCGUACGACUCGAAGCACAUUUCAACUCUGUCGAAGCGUCUCUCCGACGGUCUUCUGGCAAUGGACCACACCAUCCGCAACGGUGACGCCGAAAGACACUACCCCGGCUGCGUCAACAUCUCCUUUGCCUACGUCGAGGGCGAGUCUCUUUUGAUGGCUCUCAAGGACAUCGCUCUCUCCUCCGGCUCGGCCUGCACAUCUGCCUCUCUCGAGCCUUCGUACGUUCUUCGCGCUCUGGGCGCCGACGACGCGCUCGCGCAUUCCAGUAUUAGAUUCGGAAUCGGCCGGUUCACCACUGUCGAGGAGAUCGACUAUGUGCUGAACGCUGUCAAGGAGCGGGUUACUUUCCUGAGAGAACUGUCGCCUCUGUGGGAGAUGGUGCAGGAGGGUAUUGACUUGGAGUCUAUCGAGUGGUCGCAGCAUUAAUCAGCCUAAAAGCGAGGUAUUUUUGUGUUUUGUCUUUGCUAGUUAAGUGGUGGGAAUAAAAUCUACAAUCUACAUUAUCUACACAACAAGUCGGCGUUUACUUUAAUGCUUUUUUUAUGUUGAUUUACAUCAGAAGUUCGAGUUAUGCUUUGAAAUAAUACACAUUUUACGCACAAGA